AAAAAAAAAAAAAAAAAAAGGGCAGCGCUUAGCCCCCUCCUCCCCUUUCCUGCCUCUGCGAGAACUCCCUCCCUCCCUCCAGCUCCACCGGCCCCGGCGCCCCUGCCCUGGAAGCCGAGCGGCUCCGCUCGCAUUUCGCCGCCGCCGCCGCCUCUCGCAGUAUUGCAAUAUAGGGGAGAAGCAGACCAUGGUGAAUCCGGGCAGCAGCUCGCAGCCGCCCCCGGUGACGGCCGGCUCCCUCUCCUGGAAGCGCUGCGCAGGCUGCGGGGGCAAGAUUGCGGACCGCUUUCUGCUCUAUGCCAUGGACAGCUACUGGCACAGCCGCUGCCUCAAGUGCUCCUGCUGCCAGGCGCAGCUGGGCGACAUCGGCACGUCCUGUUACACCAAGAGCGGCAUGAUCCUCUGCAGAAAUGACUACAUUAGGUUAUUCGGGAAUAGCGGUGCGUGCAGCGCCUGUGGACAGUCGAUUCCUGCAAGCGAACUCGUCAUGAGGGCUCAAGGCAACGUGUAUCAUCUCAAGUGUUUUACAUGCUCUACCUGCCGGAAUCGCCUGGUCCCGGGAGAUCGGUUUCACUACAUCAAUGGCAGUUUAUUCUGUGAACACGAUAGACCCACAGCUCUCAUCAAUGGCCAUUUGAAUUCACUUCAGAGCAACCCACUACUGCCAGACCAGAAGGUCUGCUGAAAGGCCAGAGUGAUGCAGAAUGCGUGCCUUCAUCUCAGAGUUUGUUCAUCGCAGGUGGAUCCCGUGUGUCUUCAGUAAACAAGUCACCUUUGUAGCCAGCUCCAUGCCAUCGCACCUUCUUUAGUCUUGAGUGCCCUUCCUGCAUUUAUUGGUGUAUUAAAAUGACUGAAUAUGGACAUUAAGGACUCCAUGAACCUGGGCUAAUGGGAGACGGUAGCAAAAAUGAAAAAAGAUCCACCGAAGGACAUCUUGGGGGAGGGGGGGAGGGUGCUUGGGGGGGAGGGAAAUGACUAAUGAAGCUAAUUAAAAGAAGCAUCCAAAUCCGCUUUCUACCCUCAUUAACAAUUAGCAGGGCACCGGCCAGUCUGUACCCUGUGUUUUACCUUAACAACAUUCUGUUUGCUCUUUGUAUAUUUAAGUGUUGUAAUGAAAUGUGUUUCAAUCAAACUGAACAUGAGUUAAAAGGAAAGAGACAAGGCUUUUGUGAUAUUCGAUCACAAACACUUUUAUUGUAUCUCUGUAAAAUACAAUGUAUGUAUGCAUGUGAGUGUUUUUGUCCUGAUGUUGCUCUGCCCAUGACAAAGGUUAAAAAAAAAGAAAAGGAAAAAAAAAUCAGGCUCAUAGCCGCUACUAUGUAGAAAUCCCCCCUACUUCUAAUUUGCUGAAUGAAGAAAAAAAAAUCUUUUAUUUGUGAUAUUUUCAGAGACAUUUGCUCUAGUAUGGUGUAUUUAAAUAAUAAAAACUUAAAAGAAAAAUA